ACCACAGUUCAGUACAGGGAAAACUCACCUCCUGCAUGCAGCGUUUCAGUUUGUCGAAAUCAUUUUUUUAAGUUAGGUUAUAAUCGUAUGCAUCAAAUCAUACAAUUAAUUAUAAGCUAGUUUUUUAAGGAAAAAACUUAAAUUUAGUGAAUUUGCAGUGCGAAUAAAUUGAGAAUCCCGCAGACGAACACUUGGCGGAAACGAAAGUUACGUAUUUAAGUCGUGGCUUUAGUUCUCUAAGCUAAACAACCGCAAAGUGUGGAUACAGCAUAUUCAAGCCCCUUCAGUAGUCGGCGCGAGUUUCUUCACUUAAGCUAGCUAUACUUUGCUUAUAUAAAAUUAACUAAGAAACUACUAGUUAAACUUCAUUAAGGUAUUAAAUAUACUAUAUUCGGUUAGAAAACCAGCGCAAAAAGAACAGAAAGGUUUGCAGCAGUAAUAGAAGAAGUAACGGCCUAAAAACGAUUUCAACAACUGCAACUAGUCCCCAGAAGAUCAUGGAGGAAGACGAGAGGGGAAAACUUUUUGUUGGCGGUCUUUCAUGGGAGACGACGCAGGAGAAUCUAUCGCGUUAUUUCUGCCGUUUCGGAGAAAUCAUUGAUUGUGUAGUAAUGAAGAACAACGAGAGCGGUCGUUCCCGUGGAUUUGGUUUCGUUACUUUUGCAGAUCCCGCAAAUGUGAACCAUGUACUACAAAGCGGUCCGCAUACACUUGACGGACGAACAAUCGAUCCUAAACCAUGUAAUCCACGCACUCUUCAAAAACCUAAAAAGGGUGGCGGCUAUAAAGUUUUUCUUGGUGGUUUGCCGUCCAAUGUAACUGAGACGGAUUUGCGUACAUUCUUUGGACGAUAUGGCAAAGUAACUGAGGUUGUUAUCAUGUACGAUCAAGAAAAGAAAAAAUCGCGUGGUUUCGGCUUUUUAUCCUUUGAAGAGGAAUCUUCUGUGGAACAUGUCACCAAUGAACGGUACAUCAAUCUUAAUGGCAAACAGGUGGAAAUCAAAAAAGCGGAACCACGUGAUGGAUCUGGCGGUCAAAACGCUAAUAAUAGCAAUGUUAGUGGUGGCUAUGGAAAACUUGGCAAUGAAUGCAAUCAUUGGGGCCCCCAUCACGCGCCUAUUAAUAUGAUGCAAGGUCAAAAUGGCCAAAUGGGAGGUCCACCACUUAACAUGCCAAUUGGAGCUCCAAAUAUGAUGCCUGGCUAUCAAGGUUGGGGAACUUCGCCACAACAACAAGGCUAUGGUUAUGGAAAUAGCGGCCCUGGUUCAUACCAAGGUUGGGGUGCACCUCCGGGACCACAGGGACCACCACCGCAAUGGUCGAACUAUGCAGCUGGUCCGCAACAAACACAAGGGUAUGGAGGUUAUGAUAUGUACAAUUCGACCUCAACUGGCGGACCAUCGGGUCCUUCAGGUGGUGGAAGCUGGAACUCUUGGAAUAUACCACCAAAUUCGGCUGGACCAACGGGAGCACCAGGCGCUGCUGCUGGAAGCGCUACUGAUAUGUAUUCACGCGCUCAAACAUGGGGAGCUGGUGGCCCCUCGACAACUGGUCCAGUAGGUGGCAUGCCGCGAACUGGUCCUGGUAACUCAGCGUCAAAAUCAGGCUCUGAAUAUGACUACGGCGGUUAUGGCUCUGGUUAUGAUUAUGACUACAGCAACUAUGGCAAGCAAGACGGCGGUGCUUCGAACUACGGCGCCGGACCACGUUCAACGUACGGAAAUGACAGUGCAACACAACCUCCAUACGCUGCCUCGCAGGCAGUUUAAGGCGCAUUAGUCUAGAUACACUUAACGCGUCCAAAUUGCAGCGUCCUCGCCGAAGUAGUGAACGUUGCCUUUCGGCCGUGUACAGUGAAAAAAGAUUAAAUUAUAAGCUUAGCGUCUAUUCAUUCAGUUCAGUUGUUGAAAUUAAUUACUAACUAUAUAUAUAUAUUACAUAAACAAAUACUAAAUAUAAAGUUUAUAUACAUACAUUACUUAUAUUGAGGAAAAAGGACAAAGAAAAAACACAUAUGUAAAGGCAUAAAAAUAAAGCGAAGAGCAUUAGGCACUUAACAAAACAUACAUAAACACACUGCUACCAUCCAUUAUACACAGACAUUGACUAAAAUCGUAGCGUAAAAUUACAAGCAAAAAGUAAAUUCAUAAUUUGAAAAUAUUUAGCGAACAAAUCGUAAACUGUUCAUUAAUCUAGUAUAAAUUUGUUAGAAUGAAUCAACUGGUACAGCUAUAAGGAUACAUGAUGAGACUGUAGGGGAAUGGGUAUAUGUAGUGGCGAUCUUAUUUUGAAUUAAUUAUGAGUUAUUUAUUUUUUGCAUGAAUUUGAUGAAUGAAUGCCCAAAAUAACUCGCUUUUAGGCACAAUACUACAAUAAUUUAGAUGGAUAUUUUUCGGGAAUACAAUUAUACUUAACGUGUUAUAAGUUGUAUCUAAUCAUUUAAAUAAGCUAUUAGUGUAUAAGGAGUUGUUUUAUAUCUCGCUCCCCAGUAAUAUUUACUUUUAGUUCUAUAUGUUAGGACGUUUGUUAAACUGUAAAUUCGUUGCACAUCUGCACAUUUGCCGCAUUUAAAUACACUACAGUCUAACCUAGCUGGCAGUUCCAGUUGAUUUCUUUUAUUUCUUAAUCUCAAGAGAAUAGUAUUGUUAAACUACAUUAAAAUUGGAUUUUGUGUGCAUAAAUAGUAUACACCAACACACAUCCACAUCCUUAUAUAAUUACACUUAUUUGAUCUUUAGUUACAACUUAAAUUAUAAUAAUAAAAAUAGUAAAUUACAAUAAUAUUUAAAUUUAUAUACAAACAUAUACAUUGCUAUAUCAAUUUUUGAAGUGUGUAAAUGAGUAAAAUUGAAUAGGUGAAAACGAAAUGUAAACACACACAUAUAUAUUCACUUUAUAUAUAACUAUGAAGAUAGAACAACAAGAAUUAUGUGUAGUAAUAGUGAAUUAAAGCGCCAAUAUAUAUAGAUACAUAUACAUGUAUAUAUAUUAUACAUACCUACAAACAUAGUUUACAUACAAUAAUUUAUCAAAAUUUUGAUGAAACAAGAGGACAAAAAAGGAAAAAAGAACAAAAAUUACAUUUGAAGUUGAUAAGAGUAAAUAAACGGAAUGUUUUAAUUUAGAAAUAAUAUAUGUCAUCAAGUGUAUGAUGUGUAGUCUAUAUAUAGUUUAUAACUAUUACUACGAUAAUUACAAACGCAAUUUAAAACGGUGUCCGCGAAAGUAAUACAAACUCUAAUAUAAAUAGUAGUGAACAUGCAAAAUGCCUGUACAUUUUUUCAUUUGGGGAAGUACAGAUUACUUUGCUAAAAGUAGAGUUGUUUGAAAAAUAAGCUGCAUUUUUAUUUCAGUAAAAUUAAUAACAUGUCCUCGAUUUAAAAUUAUUACUACUAGACAUACAUUUUUUCUAUGAAAUUGUUUCAUUACACUUUUUUUUUACUAAGUUUAUUGCCGCGUUUCAUGUUAACUGUAAAUUCCUUUUUUAUGUUAGUUUCGCAACCCAGUUCCACUAAAUUCAAUAUGCUUACGAAUAAAGAUGUUAUGAGGAUUAAGUUAAAUAAAAAAUAUACUGAUUCUAAUAUAUUUUAAACGGCAAAAAAAUGGUGGUAGCUAGUGUCCACAAAUAUCACUGAUGCGAGCCUCAAACAAAUAAAAAAGCAAAAAAUAAGCGCUAAUAGUAUAUUAUAACAAGAAAACCUGACGUAAUUAUUAAAUUAAAUAUAAAAAUACAAUAAAAAUAAAUUACUGUAAACACAAACA